UCCAACCAUCGGGCUCGGUAUACCCGGAUACCCGAGUGAUGUCGCAUGAAACCCGAAUUCCACGACACGCCCGUCGUUGUCGUCGUUAUCGGAAUAUUUCAAGUCCCGACUGCGCCGUCAAUAGGUUUUGUUGUUCGUUUCGUAAUCUUUAACGGGCCUGUUUUGAUCUUGCAGCCAGAUAGAUGUGCCUAUAUAUCGGCUCCAACGACAGGCACACUCACUCCAGGUAUCUUGUUUACCGUCUGCGAAUAAAGCCCGACAGCUUUCAAGUUUCGAUGCUUAAUAUUACCACACCAGCACUCAGUGUGCACCGAUUACAGAGACGGCCGCCGGCUUUAUGUCAUUCAAGACUCCGUGGCGCAACGGUAGCGCGUCAGAUUCCAGACCUGAAGGCUGCGUGUUCAAAUCACGUCGGGGUCAUUCACCUUUUUGCCAUUUCUUGGGUUAAGUUAACUGCUUUUGUUUUUGUUGAGGCGUCGAUUUUAGCCACGACGUACAUGGGAGGUCACUCGGUAUGGCGACCACGGGCAGUGUUGACACAAUGCGUCUUGUUGCCUGUUACGCUGUCACUACUGCUUUCCACUGUCCUUUUACUCUCAUUUCCUUCGUGGCUGUUGAGAAUUGUGUCGGAUUUGGGCUAGGGACCUGAAGGCGUAAGGAGGCUGAUUCUGGUGAGAAGUCAGGGACAAUUCUAAGAAGCCACGAAGGAAAUGAGGGCUGUAUGCGACGAUGCAAAAGGACAUAGAAAAGUACCAGUGACACCGGAACAGGCAAUAGCAUAAUAUCAACAGGCAGUAUGCGGAUUUUUCCAUAUAGAAUGUUGCUUGAAGACGACUUGCUCUA